AUGUUGGAAAGGUCACUCGUGACGCAGGCGGAAAUACCGACCCACUGUUUACAAAGCCAACGGUCCAGCAGCAGAGAUUGCACAGACAUUAAGGUGGAGGUCAGGAGGAUUGACUAUGGAGAUGUUGUUUGCGUCUCUCUUUGGGAUGUUAAGGAACUGUGUGGAGAAGCAGCAUCCAUACCUGUGCAAGCGCUGCAGGUCUCUCUGGUGAAUGUGAGGCCAGUGAAUGGAGAAACAUGGUCUUUUGAAGCGAUCAGCUGGUUCAAGAGUAAAGUGCAGAACAAGACUCUUUAUGCCAGGCUUUACCCAGAAGAAGGAGAAGUUUUGGUUGAACUCUUCAUGGAGAAGGGAAAGAUUGGUGCUAUGAGGAGAGGAGACUCUCUGUCUGUGAGACUUGCUCAGAAUAGAUUUGCCGUUCAUGAAUGUAACAAACCCAGGGGCCUGAAGAGAAGAAGUGACGUCCCAGAACAAAUCAGCCAGCAGUCGUUACAGCGGGAGAAGUAUCUGAUCUCCUGUUACAGUCACAACAGGGAAUAAUGUUCAGUGAUCAGCAAACUUACAUGCUUUUGUCUUUUAUCAUUACAUCAUAACCUUAUACAGACUUCACAAUAUCUAC